AUGUCCAAUUUGGCGACGGUUUUCCCACCUCCGCCGUUCUACUACGAGCUGUUCACUGAGGCGAACUGGGAACGCGCCCAGAAUUUGAAUGGACAAGCGCCUGACGAGGAGCUGGAGUACCUUGUGCCGCCGCCGCCGCCCGAAACGCCCACGUACCGAGGGUUUGGUUCGAUCUGGAACACAGAAGAGAAGCUUGUGCCCCUAAAAGAGGCCGGCGUAGAGCAGCUGUACGAAGACUUGGGUCCGAACAACGAGAAUCUCGUGCCCGAACUCAAAAAGCUCCUGAAAUCAGUGCUGGUCAACUUUGUCACCCUGGUUGGCAUCAUGUCAAUAAACCCUGAGCAAUUCCCUGCCAAGGUUGACGAUUUGCGGGUGCUGUUUAUCAAUAUCCACCAUUUGUUGAACCUGUACCGCCCGCACCAGUCCCGGGAAAGCCUCGUGCUGCUCAUGACCGAACAGAUUGCCGCGAGACGCCAGGAAAUUGUCGAGAUGAAAGCGUCCAACCAAGAGAUCGAGCAGCGAAUCAAAACUCUGGUCGAGCAUCUCCCGAACCUGACCCAAAUGGAGCCUACCGAUAAACCCGAAUCAGAGUGGGGCCAGUUUGAUCUCGAAGUCGAUAAACUACCUUAA